GUAAAAAUCACGUUUGUAAAAGUAGCAUUGCUUGCAGAAAACUUAAAAAUGUAAACACUUUAGGGCUAUAAGCGUAGUAAGAGUAAAUUAAAAAGAAACGGUCAUUUGUGGGCGUGUUAGGGGUUGGGUCUUUGGGCAAAACAUCUAAUUGCUCCAACCCAGUGGUUAUUAAUGAGAGCAGUCACCCAUGAAGUUGGAUGCACGAUAACUCACAAACGCAUCGAAGUGAGAUGUACCAUAGAGGGAAAUCCAACCCCUAAAGUUGUGUGGAGGAAAGGGCAGUGGCUACAAAUCGAUGACGGCGGCAGAUAUGAUGUCAAGAGAAGCAUUGACAGUGGAAUUUGCACAAUGGCCAUUAAGAGUGCGCGCUCAUCUGAUGCUGGGAGGUAUAAACUUGUCGCAACGAAUGACUUUGGGGAGCUCACAGUUCCCUUCAGUGUGAAGAUUGACAGACUUGUUCGUACGGAUAGCCAGGAAGCUUUGAAGAACUUUAAAACUCAGUUAAAGCACAGAGAAGUUAAGAAGAAAGAGAAGAAGACACCAGAAGAGAGAGAAAAAGAAGUUUUGGAUAUUUUAAAAACUUCCGAUCCAAAAGAUUAUGAGAGAAUCUGUAUGCAGUAUGGUUUCUAUGAUUUCAGGUUGAUUUUACACAAACUGCAGAAACUCACAAAAGUUGAUGUUGAAGAACCGGAGUUUGAAGUCGCCAAAGUUCUCAAGGGUUUGAAACAUGUCACUGUGAAUGAUGAGGGAACGGCUGUGUUUGAAAUCCACCUCGAGAAUGUAUCGCCCAACAAGCAGAUGAUGUGGUACAAAGAUGGUGAAGUAGUGCAGGUCCCUGGUCCCGAAAAGCGACAUGAGCUCAGAAGGAUCGGAAAUGUCUUCCAACUUAUUAUUAGGAAUGCCAACUCUCAAGAUGCUGGAACUUAUACUUUGGAUAUUGGAGGAGAAAAGUUUGACGCUAUUCUUACUAUUAAAGAGCAACCUCUAAAGUUCAACAACGAGUUACGAUCGCAAUCUGCCAGGGUUAAAGGUCGAUGUGUGUUUGAGUGUGUUGUGAGUAGAAGAGGGCAGAAGGUGACUUGGUUGAAGGAUGGUAAACCAAUCACGCUACGUGGGGGAACCAGCAGGUUGCAAGCGGUGUCUGAAGCCAAGUGUCACAAGUUGAUCAUCAGUGAACUUGAGAUGGCCGAUGCCGGUCGGUAUUCCGUUCGUGUUGGUGACAUUGAGUCGACUGCUGAUCUAUCUGUGGCAGCGGCGCCGGUUCGUUUUCGAAAUCGUUUGGUCAACACUGAGGUGAAGGAAAAAGCUUCGGCAACAUUUGAAUGCUCUGUGAGUACGAAGGACGUUAAACCCGUGUGGACGGUGAAUGGAGAAGUUGUGAAGACUGGGGGAAAAUACACGAUUAAAUCUGGAGACGUUCAUUCCUUAACCUUUAAGAAAGUCACGCUUGCUGAUCAUAAAGCUGAAGUAAAAGUUUCAUUUGGAGAUGUUUCAUCUGCUGCCGAACUUCAAGUCAAUGAAAAAGCUAUCAAAGUUUUAUCGAAGAUGAAGAAUGUGAAGUCCCGAUCAGGGAAACCGGUCGAGUUCUCGUGUGAGAUUGACGACCCUGACGUGGACAGUCCUGUGCAGUGGUACAAAGAUGAUAAACCUAUCAAGCCAUCGAGUAAGUAUGAGAUGGUGAAGAGGAAUGGCAAAUACACCUUGAAGGUGAAAGACAUCAAACCUGAUGAUGAGGGGGUUUAUCAGUUUCAAGUGCGUGGUUGUAGACAGGAAGGACAACUUACAUGCUCAGAUCCUCCCACUGUCGACAAAAGUCUUCUCGAAAGAUUGAAAAAAAAUCCGCUUAAGUUUAAAGUUGGGGAAAAAGCUAAGAUAGAAAUCCCAUUCAGUGGAAUGCCACCUAUGUCGACCUCAUGGACCAACGGAAGAGUCACGUUGUCAGAGAAGGGCAGGUUCCACAUGGACACCGUUAAAAACGUUGCAAAGCUGGAAGUUGAUAAAUGUAAAGUAACUGACAGUGGCAUUUAUGAGCUUACGAUCAACAACGAGAAUGGAGAAGCAAAAAUCGAGAUUCCAAUUAAAGUCGUUGACAAACCUCACGCUCCUUCUGGGGAGAUCGCUUUCUCCGACGUAGAAGCCGAUUCUGUCUCUAUGUCAUGGAAUCCCCCCAUUGAUGACACAAUAGAGGUUGAUAGUUAUGUCAUAGAGGAAAAAGAUCCUUCCGGGAAGUGGAAGAAAGUUGGGGAAGUACCUGUGGGAACGACAGAGUUUAAAGCUACCGGGUUGAAGGAGGGAAAACCGACGCAGUUUCGCGUUAAAGCGAAGAACGAAGAAGGAGAAAGCGAACCGCUUGUCUCGAAUGAAAUGACACCAACAGCUAAAGAUGUGGCGCCUUAUAUUGAUCCUAAGAUUAUUGAGCAGUUGGAGCGUAACCCGAUUAUUGUAAAAGCUGGUGAGACUGCUAAGAUAACGGUACCAUGUUCGGGGAACUCCCCACCUAGUGCAAGUUGGAUGCAUGAUGGGGAGGAAAUAUUACCAGUCAAGCACCAUCGUGCAAUCAAAAAUUCAACUGCCAACAACGUAACUUUGGAGAUCCGUAAAUGUCAGACAUCGGACAGCGGUGAAUACGAGGCAAGGAUCUUCAACAAUAUCGGAGGAACUGUUAUUAAAACAAAGAUCAUUGUAAAGGACGUUCCUGACUUUGGGAAAACCCCCAUCAAUUUUGAUAAAAUUGAUGCCAAGGGGGUUUCAAUGUCGUGGAAAGCCCCUGAUGAGAAAGACAACGGGGGAAGCCCCAUCACUGGGUAUAUCAUCGAGAGAUCUUUGGCUGGAGUGAAUAAAUGGGAGAAGGUUGGUGAAGCCAAACCAGCCACCACCAAGUUCAAAUGUCCGAAAUGUGAACCGGGAGAAAAAUAUGUUUUCCGUGUGAAAGCGGUGAAUGAACAAGGAGAGAGCGAACCAGCAGUGUCGGGUCCUGUCACGUGUGGUUCCGCUGUUGUUGCUCCUUCUGUGAACCCCGAACUUAUCAAAGCUUUGAGUCAAAAUCCAACCAAAGUAAAAGCGGGACAAACAUGUCGUCUCAAGUUCCCUAUAACUGGAGGGGAACCCCCACCUACGAUAACGUGGGAAAAAGAUGGCAAGCCUGUUGAAAUGGACGGCAAGCGUGUUGUGUCCAACCAUGCCGACCACGCAAAUGCCAACCUUACAAUGCACAAGUGCCAACAAUCUGACAGUGGAAAGUAUAUUUGUAAGAUCAAGAACGAAGCAGGCGAGGUUCAAGUCCCUGUCGACGUCCAAGUUUUAGACAUACCCCCAGCACCUGAAGGACCUGUUGAAUUCUCGGAUAUUUCAAGCAAAGGCCUCACUGUCUCCUGGGCGCCACCAUCUGGUGAUGGUGGAAGUAAAAUCACUCACUAUGUCAUCGAGAAAAGAGAAGAAAAUCGAAAAGUUUGGUCUUCAGUUGGUAAAACUGCUGAUGGAGCAACAACGAGUUUCCGCGCGAAUGUUCCCGGUGGAAAGACUUACAGGUUCCGAGUUCGAGCUGUUUCCGAGGUUGGAGAUGGAACUCCAAACGAAUCACAACCUGUUAUUGUUAAAGAUCCAUAUGAUCCGCCUGCUUCUGUUACUGGUAAUGUUGACAUGGUAACAGCAACAAACGACUCAAUUACAAUACAAUGGAACAAAGUGACGUCCGAUGGGGGAAGCCCCCUUCUUGGUUACUACGUUGAGAAGCGUAAGAAAGGAACGUCAUCUUGGAACCGUUGUAACCCCGACCAACCAUGCACAGAUUCACAAUUCACGGCGAAUAACUUACGUCAAGACAUCGAAUACGAGUUCCGUGUAUUUGCUGUCAAUAAAGCUGGAGAAAGCGACCCCUCACGUGCAUCGAGGCCAAUAUCGGCAUCGGAACCGGUGGAUCCACCAGGAGAGCCAAGUGAUAUCAAACUUACAGAUUCAACGAAUACUUCGCUGUCUUUUGCUUGGAAGGGAACAGACGUCCAUGGUGGAGGGGAUCUGUUGGGAUAUGAUAUUGAGUUGAAGGAGGAAGGAAGUGAUAAAUGGCAGAAAUACAACGACAGUCACAUCAGUGGAACUUCGUUCACGGCUCGUGGUUUGAAGCAAGGAUGUUCUUACCACGUCAGGAUUCGAUCCGUCAACGUUGGGUCUUACAGCAAGUACUACCAAUACAAGGGGUCAUUUAUUGCCCAGGAAAUACACGCGGCCCCCGCGUUCAAAAUGACGUCAGAAUUAGAAACAGCAGUAAGACACGGAUUCCAAAUAAACGCUGGAGGAACCAUUCGAAUUCACGUCCCUUAUCACGGUCGACCAAGACCUGACAUUCGUUGGUCGGUAAACGGGCAAGAACUUCACGAAACCGUGAUGAUAAAUGAUGCGGAUGGUAUCUCCCAGCUUAUGAUACGGAAUUGUAAAGGAAUUCACACAGGAACUUACAAUAUAUCGUUGAAGAAUGCCUCGGGGGAGAAAACACUCGCGAUUAAAGUCGUUGUUUCGGACGUCCCGUCACCCCCCCAAGGACCCCUACAAGUCUCUGAAGCGAAUGACGUAGGCGUGACGUUGAAGUGGCGACCACCCACCCAUGACGGGGGAAACUCCAUAACUGGGUAUACCAUCCAGAAACGUGAAGCAAGAGGAAGAGAUUGGCAAACCAUUGCUCAAAACGUGAAGGAUAAUUUUUUCACCAUCACCGAUCUACGAAAACAGCGUUCAUAUUACUUACGUGUGCAAGCUGAGAACAACAUUGGAAAGAGCGAACCACUCCAAAACAAAGAGAUGGUUUACAUAAAAGAACAUGUUGCUAAAGUUCAAAUCGAGGACAUCCAAUAUGACGAGAAAGACCUUAGAAAACCGCCCACAGUAACUGUGCCUUUGAAACCAAGAAAUGUUCCAGAGGGAGUCAAAGUAACGCUGAGUUGUUCAAUAGCUGGAAAACCGUAUCCUUCAACUAGGUGGUUCAAAGACAACCGAGAUGUAACUGACGACAGCCAUUACUUCAAAGAAAACGUCAUCGGUCUUUGCCGCCUCGUGCUUACUUCUGUCAAAAAAUCCGACGCUGGUGUUUACAAAGUUGUUGCGGAGAACUCAGUUGGGACUGCCUCGUCGGAAGCAAAUUUAAUCGUCAUGGAUUAACCAAUGUGACGUCACAAAACUUAGUAUUAUGACGUAGUGUUAGCGAAUGGUCAGUGUUGAUCGGUUUUUUGAUGUUCUUGAAUUUCUUAAAGAAAGUUGUGAAACUUUGUUACUUCUGCAUGAUAAUCGUGGGUGUGUGUACGUGCGCAUGGUAGCUAAACAUAUUUCAUUACCUGGACGGCUAAUCAUUGUAUAUACCACAAGACGUGAUUAUAUUUGCACAUAUGUAUGUAGCAUAUACAUGUUUUACCUUGUAUCAUACGACUGCUAAGGCGAACUACUUUCUGCGUAUUUCGCACGGGUUAUAUUAUUUACAGCUUAAAAAAUAAACGAAAAACACCAUU